AUGCCUCGAAGUCUUCGAUCAAUUACUAAAAGUGUGUCACUCAUAGCUAACGAAACAACCGAUGGCGCCUCUGCUGCUCUUAACGCUAAACAGCAUCGGAGGGCUCAGGUUCGGAAAGCUCAAAUAGAACAUCGGCAAAGGAAAGCCAACUAUGUCAAGCAUCUCGAGCAAGAUAUCAUUGAUCUUCGGGAAAUGAUUGCUGCUGCAGAAACGGAAGCUAUAUUGACUCAGCAAGAGAACGAGGGAAUCAGAAACGCAAUGCAUUCAGCCCAGAUUCCUGUUUCUGUUGCAAGUGUUGUCUUACAGAUUGCAACGGCACAGGCGCCCUCCUUCACCUUCCAGUCGGACAAUGAUCCAGCACAAUUGGCAUCUCAAAGUCUCAACAUUAACACUUCGGUUACGUCUCAGCCUCUACCGCUAGAUGAGGAGCUUGCUUGGCUUUCACAAGGCUCUGGUAGCUCGAUAGUCAGUACAAUAUUUGAUGAGAUGCUGUCACAGACUAUCCUGAAAGUCAAUCCUCCACCGGGAUCAAACAAUGGCACAGGAACAAGACCUUCUCCUAGGUCAGGUAAUUCUCCUCAUGUUCGCAGUAGAUCCGGUGCUAGUUUUGGUUAUGGGAGGAGUCCAUCUGCUGGCCCUCCAAGACACCGAAGAGGGGCUUCGCUUCAAUUAGUCAAAAAGGAGGAAGUAGAUGUAUCGACAUUUGCUGUAAAUUUCAUCCUUGCGCUCGAGCAUCCAUGCCGCACCCACUUUCAUGCGUCCUCCGAGAAUUUCGAUCCGGAGGGCGACCCCUCAGGUCACGAACUCCUCGCUUCGACGGUCCUCUAUCACAAUGCGCCGGCAUCAGUGUUUCCUACGCUCUCUGCCGCUGUACCGGUACCUUCUUGGACCAUCCCCUCCUCUUCGGCAUCGACGCUUCAAAAACUUGAAGAAAUGUCUCGCUCCUUGCCCAAACAGGACUGGGAGGUUACACCCGUCCAAGCAUGGUUUCUCAUGGUCGACAGAUAUGGCAUUGAGAAGGUUGUGAAUGGCGAGGGCGUGGAAAAGAUGAGGCAAGGUCUUGCACAAUUGGUGGAGUGUUUUGCUUUCGGAGCUGUGAUGGACGAGAGCCGUUUCUGGGAGGUCGUACAAAAUGCAUUGGGAGACGGUUCAGGGGGACUUGGACAGGGUGACGGAUUUGGUGGAGCUAUAUGA